UUUUUUUUUUUAAUACGUGUUUCUGCGCCUGGUUCAGUUUUUCGGUCUUUCCGAUUGGUGUUUCAUGGUCUUUGUUUUCAUCCUGCUUGCGAGCACGCACUCGUGUUUCUUUUCCCGACUUCUCUUCUUCAUACGUUUGCAGUUUCGCGGUGUCCUUCUCUUCUUUUUUCCUUUUAAACUAUAAUCGAAUAGUCAUUCUCUUGCAAUUUCUUUAUGCGAUUUGUGAAAAAUGUACCUAUGGUUUUUGAAUUGUUUCGGAACUAUUUCAAGCCAGAAAUUUAAAUUUGUGCUGGAUUUCUUUUUUUAAUAUGGUGUUCGAGGAUUUGUUCUUCAUCGAGUUUGAUCUGAACGUUCAGUUUUGUUCCACUUGUUUUCAUUGUAAGAAAAUCAGAUCCUGGAGUCGAUGCUAAGUGAGAAAAUCUCCAAUGGGGUGUAAUUCUUAUCUUCACUACAGAUGGGUUUCUGUCCUCUGUCUGAUAGUGGUCUGUGGUUUCAUGGGGAUGGAAAUAUCUGCCACCGUUCAGAAUCAGACUGCUUCUCUGCUCGUGGACGCUAGGGAACAAUACAAGAGGCCAAUCCCAAAGACGUUAUUUGGUAUAUUUUUUGAGGAGAUAAACCAUGCUGGUGCUGGUGGUUUAUGGGCUGAGCUUGUGAGCAACAGAGGUUUUGAAGCUGGUGGAUCCUCCACGCCAUCGUACAUCAGUCCCUGGUCAAUAAUUGGUGAAGAAUCAAACAUAGUUGUAUCAACAGACAGAUCAUCAUGUUUCAGUCGUAAUAUUGUAGCUCUUCGAAUGGAAGUCUUAUGUGAUAGAGUUGGACCAAGUAUUUGUCCUGAAGGUGGCGUUGGAGUAUAUAACCCAGGAUACUGGGGCAUGAAUAUUGAGCAAGGGAAGGCUUACAAACUUAUUUUUUAUGUGAGAUCCCUACAGUCAUUGAACUUGUCUGUUUCACUGACAAGUUCAAAUGGAUCGGUCUCCUUGUCUACCUCUGACAUACUAGUUACUGGAUCUGCUGUGGGGAACUGGACGAGGAUGAUGCUUCUGCUUACUUCUGCUGGAACUGAUCCCAGAGCAAGACUUUCAUUGGUCACUAGCCAAAAAGGAGUGAUUUGGCUUGACCAAGUAUCACUUACUCCGAUGGACACUUUUAAGGGUCAUGGUUUCCAGAAGGAUCUCAUGGCAAUGCUGCUAGAUUUGAAGCCCCAAUUUGUGCGAUUUCCAGGUGGCUGUUAUGUUGAAGGUGAGUGGAUGAGAAAUGCAUUUCAUUGGAAGGAUACAAUUGGCCCCUGGGAAGAGAGACCUGGACACUUUGGUGAUGUUUGGGGAUACUGGACUGAUGAUGGGCUUGGGUAUUUGGAACUUCUUCAGCUUGCAGAAGAUCUUGAUGCGUCACCAAUAUGGGUUGUUAACAUUGGGAUCAGUCAUCGUGAACAGGUGGAAACCUCUAUUUUGUUACCAUUUGUUCAGGAUGUGCUAGACAGCAUUGAGUUUGCCAGAGGUAAUUCAACUUCAAAAUGGGGUUCUGUUAGGGCAGCAAUGGGACAUCCAGAGCCUUUCCAAUUGAAUCAUGUUGCUCUUGGUAACGAGGAUUGUGGUAAACCAUAUUAUCGAAGAAACUACUUGAAGUUUUAUUAUGCUAUUAAAGAUGCAUAUCCUGACAUGAAGAUAAUUUCAAAUUGUGAUGGAUCUGCUGGUAAAUUGGAUCAUCCUGCUGAUCUUUAUGAUUUUCAUAUUUAUGCAUCUGCAUCCACCAUCUUCUCAAUGGCCCAUAAGUUCGAUGAUACAUCUAGAGAUGGUCCAAAGGUUUUUGUAAGUGAAUAUGCUGUUCAUGGACAAAAAGAUGCCCGAGAAGGAACCUUUUUAGCUGCACUAGCAGAAGCAGGUUUUCUUAUUGGUCUGGAAAGGAACAGUGACGUCGUCGAGAUGGCAAGCUAUGCACCUCUGUUUGUUAACUACAAUGAUCGCGGGUGGGAGUCAGAUGCCAUUGUCUUUGACUCCUGGCAGCAUUAUGGAACUCCUAGUUACUGGGCUCAGCAGUUCUUUAAGGAGUCAAGUGGUGCAUUUCUUCUUCCAUCAGAGAUCUGUGAAAAUUCAACUAAUCACAUGGUUGCCUCUGCAUUAACUUGGCAUCAUUUGGAGGAUGAUGCAUUUCGUUUGAAACUUAAGAUUGUCAAUUUUGACUCCAGCAGUGUGUGUCUCAAAAUAAAGAUAACCGGGCUGGACUCCAAAGACCUUAGUUCUUCUGGAUCUUCCAAGACAAUAAUGACGUCAAAUAACUUGAUGGAUGAAAAUUCCUUUGCGCAUCCAGAAAAGGUGGUACCAAUCCAAAGCUUGUUGGAAGAUGUGGGACCAGACAUGGAUGUAGUUCUCUCUCCUAAUUCAAUCACUGCAUUUGAUCUCACUCUUGUUUCAGGCAUAGAUCUGUCCACCUCGCUAGAUUGUUCGACUUACAAGACCUUGAAGUUGAAGACGGUCAAGAUUUGAAUAAGGGAAGUGCCUCUAUUGUCAUAAUGUGGCAAAGGCUCUGUCUAGCCCAUCUUGCAUAUUAAAGAAAAAUAGCAUUUCAGUUUGCACAUUCUCACCAACUAAUAAUGGAUAAAGCUUUCAUAAAUUUCUCUUACAUACGAUACAACCUAUGGGUGAUAUGGCGUUCAAGGAAAGUGUAUCCAUUUCUAAUAGAAGCUUUUUAAAGUUGUCUCAA